AUGUCGGGAUUUUCGUCGUCAUGGGGGCUUGGGGAUGCUGGACGGGAGCGUGGUGGACGCCGCCAGAAGGUCUACGGAUAUCUCAAGGCUGCGAAUGAGUUGCGCCAGUCGUAUACGUCACAGCUGGCUACAUCUAUUAACAAUGUUCGGGAAUACGGUGAUGAGUUUCAUGAUACCCCUGGUGCAUUUCCGGAUGUUGAGAUUGCGCGGUCUGGACACGAGGAGAUGGUUAUAUUCCCCAGCUAUGCGAGGAAGCUCUCUGGGAACAAGGCGGCGGAUGCUCGUCGACGGAAGAGCUCUAGGAGUUCUACUGAUACGAUCGAUGCAUACCGCGGGGAAGAGGAUGAAUUCGAGCAGUCGGAUCUGCUUGACUGGGAGGAGUACGAGAUCGAGAAUGCGGUUGUUGCUGUUGAUGUGCGAGGAUGGUUAUAUUCGCCUCAUCGCGGGCCGAUGACGCGGAAGAAUCGCUUGAUGGUUGCAUUGGCGCGGAGGCUGAGUGGUGUCCCUGCUCCAGGAAAUCCCUCGACGGAUAAUGGCGAUGGGAGCGACAAGAUCACUUCUCAGGGAGAAGAUGAAAUAGUCAACAAGGAAAUGCAGUCCAUGAUCAGCAAAGCAGAGUCGGAAGCCGAUCCAGCUUGGAAGAGCGGCGCGCGAAAUGGCAGUGAAAGCGAAUGCCCAGGGCGCCCUCCACUACGGACAACGACCACCUCAGCCACGGGACCUGCGCAAAUGACCAAAGACGAGCUGUCUGUCGCCAACGCGCACCUCAUGGAACGAUUGCGACCUUUUCUGGCGAAUCCAAUGAUGGAUAUGCCCGUGACUGUUUUCUUUUUUAACGACGAGCAGAGUCAGUCGAGGAGUGUCAUUACGGAUGCGUCGGGCCAUUUUAUCCUUCGUGCUGCAUUACCGUUCGUCCCAACGCAUAUCCGUGUUUUGGCAUCUGAGAAUCUGUCUGCUGCCAAGGAGAUCAAAGUCAUCGAACCAAGCGGAGUUAGUCUGAUCAGUGACAUCGACGACACAGUGAAGCAUUCUGCCAUUGCUAAUGGAGCGAAAGAGAUGUUCCGGAAUACUUUUGUUCGGGAACUGUCAGAUUUGACCGUGCGCGGUGUCGACGAGUGGUAUACUCAGCUGGCCAAGUUGGGUGUCGAGAUUCACUAUGUCUCUAAUGCUCCGUGGCAGCUUUAUCCUCUGCUGGAACGGUUUUUCAAGUUGGUUGGGCUGCCGCCCGGCUCGAUUCAUCUGAAGCAAUACAGUGGUAUGCUCCAAGGUAUUUUUGAGCCUACAGCAGAGAGGAAACGGGCGUCAUUGGAACGUAUUUUGAAAGACUUUCCCAAUCGAAAAUUCAUCUUGGUCGGCGACAGUGGCGAGGCGGAUCUUGAGGUUUAUACCGAAAUUGUUUUGGCGAAUCCAGGGAGGAUUCUGGGAAUCUUCAUACGGGACGUCACCACGAGUGAUCACGCGUUAUUCUUUGAAAAAUCCGUUGAUUACUUGGAGAAGGGCCCUUCUCGAAGCCGGAGCACUGGCCAGCUCGUUCGAGAUCAAGAUUCUGAUGCUGCGAACCGGCCUUCGCUGCCGCCGCGUCGGCCCACUGGGCAGUCUGCAGUUUCUAUCAACGAUGCUAGAAGCAUUGACAAUGGCGAUCUUAUUGAUCUCCGGGAGGAAGGAGAAGAGGGCGAGGUAUCCCAGAAACCGGGAGCAGCCCGUCCACCUACUAAGCCUUCGAAGCCGCAAACCUUGCGUACAGCAUCGACCACCUCGGAUGUGACCGAUUCUUGGACUCAAGAAGCAUCUCGACGUAAACCUGUACCUCCAGUUCCACCACGUCGUUCCGCUCCGUCCGUGGCAGACAAUGCUUCGAGACAUGCAUCCAACCAAGACCUAGCACGGACUCAAUCGUCUGAUGUUGCAGUACGUUCCAAACCACCAGCACCUCCACCCCCGCCUCCGCGUAGGACGAACACUGGUACCUCAACUCCAUCAUCCGUCAACAGCAGCAAGAGCUCGACACCGACACCGCCGGCACCCCAGAGACAACAGCAGUCAUAUCCCGUAGCGGCAGCUUCUGCAGCAUACCAAUACGCGUCGGAUCGAAUCUGGCUACCGUCACCCUCGAAUGUCUUGCGGUCUGCGGCAACUCCUAUAGCGAGCCGGACAAGCAGCAGCAGCGUCAACGAGCAGGAGGGUUAUGGCUCGUCUGGUCCCUCUGCACCUCUGCCAAAUAAGCGCGAGGAGCUCUGGCGCCGGCGCUGGGAGCGGGCAAGUGAAAUUUUGCAGCAGAAGGGAGUUGUACUCGGUAGCUGGCGGGUUGGGAAUGACGUGCAAGACGUAUGUAUCUGGCUGGUUAAGGAUGCGAUGAAGGAAAUGCGGGAUGGUAAUGCAAAGGGUGGAUUAAAGCCUUGA